GUUCCUAUUGCUGUAUAGCGAAAAACUGUAUGGGCGAAGCCCGCAGUUCAGCUGAACUGACAGUGGAAGACAUCGAAAGUCAACUAAGUGACGAAGAAAGAGCUCAGCUGAUCUCAGCUAGUCAAGCCCCUAAAUUCUUACAAGGACUAAAAAGUGGCGAAGCCAAAAUUAACGAACCUUACAGGUUUACUGUUAAUGUGAGUGCCACUACACCAGUGUCUUCAAUAACUUGGUACCGCGACGAUCAACCGGUUGAUGCCGAGCCCGAAAAGUACUUCGUUAAUAGAGAGAGUACUUGGGCUGAAUGGAAGUGCGUGGCCACGAAUGAGUUUGGUCAUUCUGUCACCUCUUGCUUUUUGAGACUGGUCAUUCCGAAGCAUUUCAAAAAGAAACCAAAGUUUUUGGAAUGUCUUCGUGCUGUACUCUCAGAGGAGGGAGCUGUCAAUUUAGAAUGUAAAGUCAUCGGUAUACCUCAGCCUGUCCUAAAAUGGUACAAAGACGGUGUUGAAUUGAAACCGGGAGACAUUCAUAGAAUCACAUCCGGGGAGGAUGGAACAUGCUGUCUAGGAACAUACACUUGUGAAGCUAGAAACUGUAUGGGAGUUGUAGCUAGCUCAGCCUCUCUUCUGGGCUACGAAGACCAAAAAACCAGGCAACAACAGAGAAUAGAACUGGAAAGGCAAUCGUCUCUGUCGACUAUACACGAAGAAAGAACCUCGCAGAUGUAUGACACAGCUGGAGACCAGUCUCUGACCUUGGGAACCGGCGAAGUGUCAUUUUCGUUUGACGGCAAAGAAGUGUCAGUGUCUUUGUACGAAACUCCCGAUCUUACUGAGGAAGAAGCUCUGCAGAUCGUCGAAAUGUAUGCUGAGCAACUAUCAGAACAUGUUUCAGAGCACAGUAUUGUCGAGUUACCUCCUCUUCGCUUCGUCAAAGAAUCAUCUACCUCCGGAAACCUCCUCAUGGAAGCAGUCUUAGUCGAUGUAUCAGACGACUACUUCCUCACAGCUGACGAAGACCUGCGCACUGAAGCUGACGUUGAAGAUAUCUAUUCCCUCACAGACGAAGCAGGACAUCCCCUAUCUUCAAUUACUUCAGAAAAAUUGAAGAUCGACCUGACCUCUAGCAGUGGCGAUGCACCAAGAAGGCCACCGAGGAAGUCUGACUCGCAGAAAUCCAAUAGUAACAAUACAUUCUACAGCUUGUCCAAGAAUAUUUCCUUGGAUUCGAAUAACGAAAGUUUGGCCGGGGCUGCAGAGUUGGAUAGUGAAAGUUAUGGAGAGUUUGAAAGUGCUAUAAGCUCGGAGAAACAGCAAAAACCAGAGGACAGAGCUUUCCAGGUGGCAGCUAUUACAGAAACAUCAAGUUUACCAGACGAGGACGAUCUCCAAGAUGAAGCCAGAAGACCUCUUACACCGAGAACCAGUCACGAGAUAGGUUCUGACCUCAGAGUGAAUAUCAGCGAGAGUCAAGAACUAAAAACUAGAAGAAGAAGGAUGUCUCAAAGUUCUGAUGAAAUGCCUCCAAGAGGUUCUCUAAGACAGACUGCCAGUGUUGACCUUCCUAACGUCCAGAGAGACAUCCAAGGAGAGGAAGGAGACGGUUUGGUAAUGAACCAAGAAAAACGAGAAGCAAAGGAAAAAGAAGCAAAGGAAAAGACACCAAACAUAGAAGAAGUUUUAGUGCAAUCUGCUCUUAAAGCCACAUCAGCUGCAGCAGAUAGAAGCUUGGACGUACUGAAAAGCAUCUCGCAGCCUAUCAAAGACAUUCAAACUGUGUUUGAAAGUCUGGAACAAAAAGAAGGCAUUGAGAGGUAG